AUGCAAAUCAAUGAAAAUACGAAAAUUGUUGGUGAAAGUGUUGUGUUGGUUCCAUAUAAGCGGCAGCACGUCGUCAAAUAUCACAACUGGAUGGAGAAUGCCUCAUUACGAGAAUUAACCGCAUCAGAACGUCUCAGUCUUGAUGAAGAAUAUGAGAUGCAACUUUCUUGGGCGAAUGAUGGCGAUAAAUGUACUUUUAUAGUUCUUAGUCGAUUUUUAUUUGAACAACAAAGGAAUGAAAUUAAUUCGAUGGUUGGUGAUGUUAAUGUAUUUAUUAAUAAUGAGGUUGGCGAAUUAGAAAUUAUGAUUGCUGAAGAAGAAUGGAGAAAACGAGGUUUAGCUUUCGAAACACUUAAAUUAAUGAUUCGCUAUUGUUUUGAUCAUUUGAACCUGGUGAAAUUUGUUGCAAAAAUAGAUGAGAAUAAUCUACCAAGCAUAUUGUUGUUUAAAAAACUCGGUUUUAUUGAAAAUUCAUUUAAUGAAGUAUUUCGUGAAUUUCAUUUCAUCUUAGAUAGUUCUAAUUUGUUUCAUGUUAUCGGUGAUGUCAAUUUGCAAAUAAUGAUUUAUUCCUUUGAAUAA